AUGCCAAACACACGCCUGAUGCCAAACACACGCCUGAUGCCAAACCACACGCCUGAUGCCAAACACACGCCUGAUGCUAAACACACGCCUGAUGCCAAACACACGCCUGAUGCCAAACACACGCCUGAUGCCAAACACACGCCUGAUGCUAAACACACGCCUGAUGCCAAACACACGCCUGAUGCCAAACACACGCCUGAUGCCAAACACACGCCUGAUGCUAAUCACACGCCUGAUGCUAAACACACGCCUGAUGCCAAACACACGCCUGAUGCCAAACACACGCCUGAUGCCAAACACACGCCUGAUGCCAAACACACGCCUGAUGCCAAACACACGCCUGAUGCCAAACACACGCCUGAUGCUAAACACACGCCUGAUGCCAAACACACGCCUGAUGCCAAAACCCACGCCUGA